AGUCGGGCGGAGCCUGUAGCCAGGUCCUUCCCAGGGCGCUCUGCGGGCCACGUGUCUGUCCAUCAUGGCUCGGGAGAAGCAGCCGGAGCCGGGGCCCGAAGUGGCGCCGGAGCGAUCGUACCAGGAGCUGCUGGGGAACCUGAACCCGAUCGCGCGGCCGCUGGCCUCCCGCAAGCUCACCCGCAAGCUCUACAAGUGCAUCAAGAAAGCGGCGAAACAAAAGCAGAUCCGGCGGGGAGUGAAGGAAGUUCAGAAAUUCAUCAACAAGGGCGAGAAAGGGAUCAUUGUCCUUGCUGGAGACACGCUGCCUAUUGAAGUUUAUUGCCACAUCCCCGUCAUGUGUGAAGACAGGUCCCUCCCCUAUGCUUACAUCCCCUCCAAGUCGGAUCUGGGAGCAGCUGGAGGCUCAAAGCGCCCAACCUGUGUGAUAAUGAUCAAGCCACAUGAGGAGUACCAGGAGGCAUAUGAGGAGUGUUUGGAGGAGGUUGGGUCCCUUCCUGUCCCCCUGUGAAGGACCUGGGGAGUGCCUGCGCUGGAGCUUCUGGCUGGCUGGGCCUGCACUGCCCCAGCAACAUUCGCUGGCCUCUGAGGACUUUACAAAAUGAAACAUGAGCUGGUCCUGCAGCGACUUGCUGGGUGCUCAGUGUGGCGGGGAGGGGGCUGCAUGGACCCUGGGUUUUUUUACCUUUAACCAAAAAAAAUUGUUCUGAAAUAAUUGAGUAGCAGCUGCUGAGGGUGGGGGCAGAUGGUGCCUAACCUCCCCCUGGAAGGGAGGGGGAGAGCAGGCUUCCUGGCCAGGCUAGCAUUCCUGUAGGGGAUGAGCCCAAGCCAUGAGCAGCAAGUCAGACCUGUUCUGUGGUGGAUGAAAUAAAUGUAUUUGUAGAGCUGUUUGCUGGGGUUGUUAGUAAAGUCGCUGUUGGAGGCACCCUGGCUUUAAGGCUACAUUCGGAGCAUGAGGCUGAUGUGCCAUCACCAGCAGGGCUGGGCCUGAAGGCUGGAUAAUGGAAAGUGGGGGAGGAACAGGGAUGACUGUGUAGAAAUGACAGUGGCAGCCCAGAAACCACCUGCUUUCUGGCCCACCAGCAUUUGCCCUGGAAUAAAGAGAGGCCCUGGCACUAGGUGCAGAAGGGAGUGGUGUCCCUUUCAGUCAAGCCCAGACCCAGCUAGGUGGGAACCACUGUGCUUGGGCCUUGGCCCUCUGGUAGGAACCUGGGCUAAAUGAACGAGACAACAGUGAAUUUGGCUAAAUGAACACAGGGCAGGACCCAGGCCACCUAUUGCAACAUGCACCCCCCAACCAUGGCGCAUGGCUGACUGAUGGCCUCUCUCAGCAUCAAAAAUACCAGCCCCCUGUGUGCUUCCUUGUGGGAGCUCCUCUCUCCAGCCCUUGGUUCUGCCCAGCCUGCUGAGGGGGUGGGGAGGUAUUGAGGACUCAUACACAUUUCUUCUCCCCUCUCCUGGUGGGGAGAUGGCUCCAGCAUGUGGGAUGUCUGACAGGCAAUGAGGCUGGAGUCUCAGAGCUGCAGUCAGCCAUGCAUGAGGUGAUUGUGCAGCAUUGGCGCAUGCGUUGAUUCUAGCCUAGUUGGUGCAAAAAAACCCUCCACCCUUUCCUGCCCCCACCCCGGUGUGCCCCACUGCUGUGCUGGCCGGGGCUGUGGGCAGCCUGGAAUGACGACUAGUCACGACCCACCCCAGCCUCUCAUUCAGCUGGGCCUAGCAGCCGAUUUCCUCACUGAGGGCUGCUGAGCCCAGGGGUGAGGUACUGACCAGCUACCGGGCACCUCGUACCCUGGAGCAGCAGGGAGCUGCUCCGUGUGCCUGGAAGCGCUUCACACACCACUCUGAGCCGGAUCUGAAAGCCACUAGGGCAAAUAACAAGGAUGAGCAACCACCUGCUCUGCUCUUAGCAGCAGGUACUGGCAGCUCUCCUGGCUGUACAGGCUGGACUCCAGCUAUCACUGCCAGAUAUGGGUGAGGGGAGACAGGGCUGCAGAGCUACUGCUGCGUCCACACCAGGCUCACCGCCCAGUCUCUGGGGCCAGGCCAGCCUUGCCCCCAGAAUAGCCACAGCACCCUGAGCUCUAGACUAAAUCUGCCAGGUGUAGCCAUCAUGCCCUACUUCUGUACCGUCUGCAGCCUUGGAGCCUGCCUCUGGAGCCCAAGCCAGGGCACAUGCAGGCUGCAGCUUCCCAGGGCUGUAGAACGUUUCUGUACAGAGCUCAGUGCAGCUGCAGCACUCAGGCGAACUUAACCCUUGGUCUAGAUGCAGCUAGGUCACCAGAAGAAUUGUUCCAUUAACCUAAUUCCUGCUGCUCAGGGAGGUAAAUUAGGCAACAGAAAAACCCUGCCCUUGCUGUAGGACGUGCCUACGUUAUGGUACCACUGCGGCACAGCCCUUUACCUUGAUACCGUCUGCUCAUCAGCAGGGCAGCCCCCGUGAGCUGGGAGAGGUAGUGGCAGCUGCAGCGCUAAACAGCCAUGGAAAUGCUGUGCCUGGAGGCGAAGCAAACGAUUGCUCUGCGCUCAGCGGUGGCAGGCCCAGAAGCCCCGGCUGUACACACUGCAUCCCAUGCAGAUCGUGGGGCAGGCAGGAAAGGGGUGCAUAAAUAAUGAAAAUGUUUGAGGCUCAGUGUGUCCCUAGGAAACGAGCUGUUCAGGCUAAGAACAUAGCGACGGGGAAACAGGAAUUUGUCACAGGACUGUAAUUUGAAGUUAGUCCUGUGAAUAA